UUUCGUCUUUCCACCUCUAUAUCAUCAAUUACCGCCAUAUUGAAUGAUAUACACAGUUAAUGACCCUUCACUCUACUCUACGCACUAAACCCAACUUGUUGAUCGAAAACCCUAAUCGUUCAUUGAAAUCUUGCAUUUGAUCAUCAACCGCAAUCGUAAGUUUGAAUCCACGAGGAUGGUCCAAAUGUGGGAAAUCAGGCCAAGAAAUCAGUGUUUUGAUGCAAUCCGAAUUUACGAAGGAUAUCCCACGAUGUUCACUAUUGAGCUCCAUCAUGGAGGGAGGUUCACAAAAUUCCCAGGGAUAAGCUACAUUGAAGGAAAAUUAGACCACAUUGACUUGGUAGACAUGGAUGAGUUCUCUGUGCAUGAGUUGGACGAGGUGAUGCUGAAGCUUGGUUAUGAUGUACCACCAGUCAUUUACUACCACUAUCAAUUGCCAAAUGGAGAUUUGGAGUUUGGUCUUAGAGCUCUAGGGAAUGAUAUUGAUGUACUUAGUCUUGCACAGUACAUUGAACAUCAUAAGAUCAUCAAGGUAUACACUGAACAUAAUGAAACUAAGUUACUUACAUACUUUAUGUCUCCAAGAGUUAAACCUAGGGUCAUAAUUGAGGAAAUAGCAGAUGAUGUGCCCACUGCAACUGUUGGUGAUCAAGAUGUCCCAAAUCUUGAAUUGUGUUUAGUAAGAUAUGAGACACCCGAAUACAAUUCAAAUAAGAGAUUGAGGUUAGUUGAUGGGAGUCAAUCAUGUAGUAAGAAAUUGUGUUUCAACUUGGAACACACUGCAACUGUUGGUGAUCAAGAUGCACAUGUUGAAAUUGGUAAUGAAGGUGCAAAUAUUAGUGAGCAAGGUGCAACUGUUAGUGGUCAAGAUACACAUGUUGAAAUUGGUAAUGAAGGAGCAAAUGUUAGUGAUCAAGGUGCAGCUGUUGGUAAUCAAGAUACAGAAGUUCAUGAUCAAGGUGCAAAUGUUGGUGACCAAGAAGUAAAUACAAGAGAGUUUGAUACCUUUGAUGACCAACCAUUUCAAUUUGAAGACUUUGAUCCUUUCUUUGAUCAAUAUACUUUUAAUGAUGGUAAUGAUCAGAGUAUGGGUGUUGGUGCAGAACUUGGCACAGGACUAGGGGAAGUUCAAUUUGAAAGUGAGGGAGUUUGUAAAGGACUUGGUGAAGGAGGUAGUGAAGGGGGUAGUGAAGGGGGUAGUGAAGGGAGUGAGGAAAACAGUGAUUUUCUUGAAGAUGAAGAAAACUAUGUAAGUGAUAUUGAGGUGGACAUGAGUGAUUUCUAUAUGAAUGUUGAUCUAGAUGUUGAAUAUGUUGACAGAGGAAAAGGUGUUGAGACUGAAAAUGAAGUUGUUGAUACAGAAGAUGUUGAAGAUGUUGAAGUAAUUGAUAAUGAUGAAUGGGACUCAUUAGGUGAAGAUAGUGAUGAUGAAAGAAGGAAAGCAAUAUUAAAACAGAUGGUGAAGGAGAAGAAGUGCUCUCUUGGUGAAGUCCAUACAGUUACUUUUCAAGUGGGUCAAAAGUAUAAAAGUAAAAAGGAAAUUAAGAACAAAGUCAACAAACUUGCCAUUGAGACUAGAAGGAAUCUUGGCUUCAAGAAAAACGACAAAACAAGGCUUAGGGUUGUGUGUAAAGGUAAUGUACCUAAUGUAAAUGCAAGUGGGGUAGGUAAGGGCAAUAAAUUAAAUUGUUCUUGGUCAAUGCAGACUUCACGGUCAAAAGAUAGUGAUUAUUGGUAUGUGAAAACUUUACUGGACAAACAUACUUGUGUUCAAACUAGAAAACUUAGGGCUUGCACUGCGAAGUAUAUAUCUGCAGAAAUCUUAGACAUGGUCGAGUCUAACCCUACAGUACCCCUUCGAAGCAUUCAAGAGCAAGUUCAGAAGAGGCUUCAAGUUGGUGUGUCCAUACACAAAGUACAGAGAGCAAAAGCAACAGCUACAAAGCAAGUGAGUGGUGACUACACAAAGCAAUACGAGGUGUUAAGAGAUUAUCUUAUGGAACUACAAGCAACUAAUGUGGGUACAACUGUGAAGCUUGAGGUUGUUAAUGAGCCUAACAGUACUAGAGAAACAAGGCAGUUUAAAAGGGUGUAUAUUUGCUUAGGGGCAUUAAAGAAAGGGUUUAAAGCAGGUUUAAGAGAUAUUCUGGGACUAGAUGGUGCUUUUAUGAAAGGACCCUUUCCAGGCCAAGUACUCACAGCAGUUGGAUUGGAUUCAAACAACGGCAUAUACCCACUUGCAUAUGCCAUUGUUGAGACUGAAAAUAUGAGUAGCUGGAAAUGGUUUCUAGAAUGCUUGGGAGAUGACUUAGAGUUGUGCUCAAAUUCUAACUUUACUUUCAUGAGUGAUAGACAAAAGGGACUCUUACCUGCUAUAGCACAACUAUACCCACAGGCUGAGCAUCGAUUCUGUCUAAGACAUAUUUAUGAGAACAUGAGGAAAAAAUGGAAAACAAAAGAGUAUAAAGAUCACUUAUGGCAGUGUGCAAUAGCAACCACAGUACCAGAAUUUGAACACUACAUGAAUGAACUUAACAAGUUUGAUAAGGAUGCUUUUGAGUGGUUGAAGAAAAUCCCCCCUCACCAUUGGGCCAGAAGCCACUUUUCAGGCAGAGCAGGAUCAGAUAUAUUGCUCAACAAUUUAUGUGAGGUUUUCAACAGUAAGCUUAUUCAUGGUAGGAAUAAGCCCAUCAUAAGUUGUCUUGAGUACAUCAGGCAGUACCUUAUGAAGAGGAUUUGCAAUGUGAAGAAAGUGAUGUCCAAAGCUCCAGGUCCACUCACUCCAACAGCAUCAAAGUUACUUGAGAGAAAUAGGGAAGCUUCAGUCCAAUAUAGAGCUAGAUGGAAUGGGACUGCAAAAAGGUGGGAAUUGAAUGGGAUUCCAUGCAGGCAUGCCAUAGCUACAAUACAUGAAAUGGCUGAUAGUGGAGACAAAGUUGGGAGCUUUACACUUAUGUUAACAAAGUGUAUUGGCUUCAAACAUGGAAUGAAGCUUACUCUUACACUGUGGACCCUAUAA